UUUAUUUUAUUUUGCAUUUAUUUCAAAUUCAAGCGACUGUUUUUUAUUUCUUUACAUUUUGAUAAUUUGGAAACAUGACCUCCACCGACAAUCACAAUACUCCAAAGAAGAAAAAGACGGCGUCGCUCAUGCACUUUUUCGGUCGCCUUGGCCCAAAACAAGACGCCGAGGAAGCGCCAUUGUUUGCUAGCAGCGACCAAGUCGACUCGGACUGUAUGGUUAUAGAUACCACAGCACCAAAGAGGAGAAAAAAGAAGCAGCAUCAGCAGCAGCAGCAGGCAUUACCACCGCCAGAGACGGCUGAAGCGACGGACACACCAGCAAAGCCUGCCCGCCAGGACAGUUCUGCGGUAUCUUUUAAAAAUGGCAAGAUCGCAUUUUCCGAAAAGAAACUAGGGCUUGAAAGACACCCCUCGGUUGUCGCCGCAGUAUUCAAAUUCCAUCAAUUGAUAGCGCAGCUGAAGCAGGAAAACAGAGACAGCCUUCCUCUGAGCACCAUAUCCGUAGAGCACCAUACACUGAUCGCCAUGAUGGUGCAGGAGAGGGAUGUCACCAUCGCCUCGCUAGUAAAGUCGAUAGAGGCGCAACUAUGUCCAGUGGUAUUCGGCGCAGCCACUACUAGCAACUCUGACAUUUUAGCACCGGGCACUGUCGAGUCUGCAAUCGUGUCGAUCGCCGAUCACAAGAACUACGGUGUUCUUCUCGAUGACCUAAAGACAUGCUGCCAAAUAGAUCUUGGCGACGUUCCUAACAGCCUGUCGAUACAGCGGUGGGAGGUGCGCGACCUAUCGUUAUUUCCAGAGGACGUGCGCGAGAUCGUAUUGAAGCGUCGCAGUGCCCGCGAAAACGCCCACUCUGAGUGCGUGCAGUGGUUCCGGUCACUCAAUGCCGAGAUACAAACCCAGAUCCUAGCCGGCACACUAAAGAAACUCAAAAUCAAAGCUCAGUCGACGGCGGCAGCAGCAACAGCGACAGUAGAAGAAGCUGCAGCAGUACCGAUGACUGGGCAGUCCCUCAACAGCACUGACACUGUGGUCGAAGUGACAGCGACAGGAAACAAGCCCGGGCUUCCAACAUCUCCAAAAAAGCAGCCACACAAUUCGCACCUGUUGCGAGGCCAACAGAGCUUGCAAAGCUUUUUCACUAAAGACAGGGGGGCGGAAAAGACCAAGCGGCAGACUGUGGCAUCUCACGAGACGGGGGGCAAGAGCUACUACGCGACUGUGUUUUUGCCAUUCCAUGUCAGGAUUAACACUGCGAUGUUUUGGUACCAGCCGUCGCCGACGUUUGAACCCAGCCGCAUUGACGCAGUGUUGGGUGCCGCACCUUCCGGGCAGAUUGUUUGCAACCGCCGCGGCGAUUCGGAAAUGCGGGCGUACCUAAACGAGUUUGCGGCUUGCCCACGAAAGUUUGUUGCUCGUCCUGUUCCAGCCAUACCUGUCAGCGACGGCUUUGAACUGGACGAGGCUGAGCUUUACCAGUGGCGACUCCGGCAGAUGCCCAUGAAGCUGAUUCAUUUUCAUGGCAGCCGGCGCCCGGCGUACUGGGGCACGUGGAGUCGCCAGCUGCGCAAUGUCAGCGGACGGCGACCAUUUGCACAGGACACUUCCGAGCUGGACUACGAUGUUGACAGCGACGCAGAGUGGGAGGACGAUGAGGGCGAGGGCGAGGAUCUGCACAGCGAAGAUGAUGAAGACAAUGAUGAUGAUGAAGACGACGAGGACGAUGACGACGACGAAGAUGACGAGGACUUUGACGAAGAAAAUGGCUUUAUCGUUGGGGAUAAUGCCCCCCGAUCACACUUUGGCAUGCACGAGCAAGCUGAUACAGGUAGCCAGAGCGAUGGCGACGACGACGACUCCGAUUCUGAAAGCGACUCAGAAUUUGUUUCCGAGGACGAGGUCAUUGAAGAAAUCGACGCCAGUGAGGAAGUAUGUGCCGGCGAUAUGGAUGUCGACGAGCCCGCAGAGUGCGCCGAUGGCGCCGAGGAGCUCUCGAUUAUCAAGACAGUUCGCUCGCGGCGCAAGGUUUCUUUCGAAGAGCGGCCGCAAAACCAAACUGACCUGCACGCCGAUCCACAGCCGCGCCAACGCCAACGUCGGCGGCAACGCGUGCAGCUACUUACACCUGUCAUCAUUGGGCUGGUGUGGGAUGAAAUCAACUAUGCAGAUCUUGACAAUGCAGGCAAAUACGGCAUGCUAGCCGCACUGGCAGUAACUCCAAUUGAAACCACGCUGCCACUGCAUAUCAGCACUAAUCCCGGCGACAUUCAGCCCACUCGACAGAAAGAGAGCGCAAGCAAAGUAGACAACCCGACAGCCCCCCUUCCUCGCAAGGGAAAUGAGGUCAGCGACAAGGAUUUUUUUGCCCUGGUCAGCGUUGUGCACGGGUCGUCCCUCGGAGUGUUGCGCCUAGUCGAAGAGCUAAAGGCACAGAUUCCGCACGCUUCAAAGGCACAUAUCGAGCGCCUGAUACACGAGCACGCUGUCAAGGAAAAGCGCCCGCCAACAACUCGCCCACUGUGGUAUGUCAGCGCAGAACUGGUUCAGCAGGCCCAGGCGGCCCGCCAGUCCAAUGAAGAUGCGGCGGGGAUGGAGGUAGAGGCGGUGGUUGCGGAAAAGAAGUGCAAGCCUGAUUUAGUUGGCGGUGCUGGGGACACCCGGCCUGUCGGUCGGCAUGUAGGCAGGUCGACCGACCAGACUGAUGACUCGGCGCUUGCAGAGAAUGCGGCAAAGCGUCAGCGGAUAGACGGGUCAACAUGCGAGGCCUAAAAAUGCAGUCAACCCAUAUGCAAAGUGUGCGCGAGCAUUUGACCCUAGCCUUUUUUUUAAAAACUUUUUUUACAGGAUAGAGAAUCGACCACGCAUUGCUUUA